CACGUGUUUGAGGUUAGUGAUAACUUGUGUCAAACAAAAGUGUUAUGUGACUGGAUCUCUUGGCAAGUUUAAAAUUCAUUCGCAAAUCAUUACAAAACGUUGCAUUUAGUCGAAGAAAAAAGCCUUAGCCAUGUUUCGUAAGAGUUUAAUCACUUUAAUUCGCCAAUCAGGCUCAGCCAAAACCGUCGUCGCCGCUCGCAGUCUGUACUCCGCCUCAGUUUUGGGCUUGGACGGAUAUGAAAACUACCGGGAGAAGACCAGUACGCAACAUUUACACAACAUCGACAAUUUCAAACGAAAGAUGCGCGAAUUUGUCGCCGGUUCUGCUACCAAUAUGAUUUUCACAGAAGACCUCAAAAACAUAAUCCAUCUGGUAGAAAACACUGCAGAAGACAAGAAAUUGCUGGUGGACAUGAUUGAGAAGUACAAUUCUCAAUCCCAAGAGCUUCGAUUUGGAAAUUACGUUUUCGGCCCUGUCGUGAUGCGAGCGCUUUAUUUCCUCCAGGAUCACCAGCUGGCGCUGGAACUGUUCAAGGAUGAAAAAUAUAACGGCUUUUUCGAUCAACUAACUUCCUAUCAGAUUCUGGGAGAUAUGCUGUACGAAAAGGGUCUCUAUCCGCAGGUACGGGAAGUGUUCGAUCUCAUAAAAACGCGCCAGGUUCAGGGAGGCCGCUACCCGAAGCACUCGAUAACGUUGACUUUCGCGGCCUGUUAUCGCGAAAACAGUGCCGAGUCGUACCAGUAUGCCAUGAGCUUGUGGAAGGAACUGAACGCGAUCGGUCACAUACCAAUGAGAAAGGCCACCGCAUUUGCUGCUGCCCUCGCACUUAAGCAUAAUCAGCCAGGUAUUGCACUUGAAAUAGCGGCAACUCUAACGAAGGGGAAUUAUGUGACUAUUAGACAAAUCAAGCUAUUGGCUCUCGUAAAGCUAGGUCGAUUCGAUGAUUUGGUACCCAUUCUCCGCUCCGUCUUAGAAGUAGGAGGUCCACUCGAAAACAAACAGACCUUCUGUCAGGAAGUUAUACAGCAGAUCAAGGAGGCACUUGAUACUACUGCAGAGGCAGUUCCACAGGAUUUGCAACGGAUUUUGGGUUUUCUGGAAUCGAAUGGUCACGUCACCGAGAAUACUAUGGAACAGUUGCUGUGUCAGGAAAUCGUAUCAACCGCACAGAAAAGAGACAACUUCAGUAAUCUAGCCGAAAGCUACCGAAGUCGCGGAGGUGCCCAGCAGCGGAGAACUUUCGCGCCAACCAGCAGGCAGACGGGCCGAUUUUACCGACCCGGUUUGGCGGAUUUGAAUUGAAAUUUGCUAGGUAGAAUAAACUAAAUUGGAACGUAAAAUACAAGUUUCUGUCACAUGA